CUCCAAAUUUAAACCUCCUUUCUCUCCUUCCUUCCUCCAAAAACUUGUUCCAAAUUCAACUCCCACUUAGGAUCACCAUGGUCAACUUGGUCGCAGCUCAACGCCCACUCUUACAUGCCCUUAUGAAGAUGGCCGGUGUCAUACCUUACUCCGUCGACAUCGAGCCCGGCACCAUCAUGAACUUCUGGGUCCCUAUCGACACUCUCCCUAAAACCAAAAAAGACCAACCGCCUAAAACUCCACAAAAACCAACCAAGCCUGUUGUUAUCUUGAUUCAUGGUUUUGCAGCCGAAGGUAUUGUCACUUGGCAAUUUCAGGUGGGAGCUCUUUCAAAGCAAUACUCCGUUUACGUGCCCGACCUUCUAUUUUUUGGCGACUCCAUCACCGAUAAAACCGAGCGGUCACCGGCGUUCCAAGCGCAGUGUUUGGCUAUAGGGCUGAGGAAGCUCGGAAUUGAGAGAUGCUCGGUGGUCGGGUUUAGUUACGGCGGGAUGGUGGCGUUCAAAUUGGUGGAGCUCCAGCCUGAACUGGUGGAUGCGAUGGUGGUUUCUGGCUCCAUUUUGGCAAUGACAGAUUCAAUCAGCGAUGACACCCUGCAAAGAUUAGGGUUUAAGUCCUCGUCGGAUCUCUUACUUCCGACAUCUGUGAAGGGUCUAAAAGCUCUUCUCUCCGUCGCUGCUCAUAGAAAACUCUGGUUUCCCGAUCGACUCCAUAAAGACUUCCUGGAGGUGAUGUUCAAUAACAGGAAAGAUAGAGCAGAGCUCCUUCAAGGCUUAAUUAUCAGUAACAAAGACACCACAGUGCCUAAGUUUACUCAGAAGAUACAUCUUUUAUGGGGUGAAAACGAUCAGAUUUUCAACGUUGAGCUCGCCAGAAAACUACAACAAGAAUUAGGAGACAACGCAACAUUUAGAGGCAUACCGAAAGCGGGUCACUUGGUUCACUUGGAACGACCUUGCGUCUACAAUAGAUGUCUCAAGCAAUUCCUUGCUACUCUGCAUUCAGAUGCACAAACCAAAUGAGUUGCCAAAUUCGCUAUUUAUUUAAAUACUACUGUUUUUCCAUUUUUUUUCCUAAUUAAACAAAUUAAAAUUCACAUUUGAGUGUUUGAUUGAUCAAACAAUAGCACUUUUUUUCUGUAUAGUGAAUGAUUUUACCAACCCUUAUC